AGUAAUUAUAAAUAAUAUAAUUGGAACGAUUAAACAAGAUUUGAAUUUUGUUGGUAAAUAAUAAGUGAUCGUUCGAGGAGGGAUGCGGUGGUCGUCGGGUGAAGAGAGUGAAAAUGAUCGGUGCAGGAGUGAGGAUCUGCAGCAGGAGGGAAAUAACAAAGGUCCAGUCUUCGUUUCUAGCGGGCGAGGAUGCAGCGAACGAGGAUAUAGAGUCGGCUGCAGUUUCUGCGGUUCUUAGGGAGCAGGACGGCGGUAUAACGGUAGAGGAAUUUCCCCGAGUCGAAACAGAAAUAGUCAGAGGAGAGUCGUCAAGUGGUGACGGCGUCGUAGAAGUAGAAGCGAGAGGACGACAAGGAGGACGUCUGGAAGUGCAGGGAGACGGCAUAACGACGUUGGAUUUGAGCGUCGUCGGUGAUCGUCGGCCGACGGAUUCCUCGUCGGAUCGUCGUCGUGGUGCGGCUCGAAGGUUUUCGCUGUUUCAUUGGUUCCGUGGGAAGGGAGUCAGCGAAAUAUCCGAGUCCAAUCAUCAGUCGUCGUCAUCGUCGUCGUCGUCGUCGUCGUCGUCGUCGUCGACGGUACCGAGCGGAGGAAACAAAGCGACGAAUGAGCGGGCAACGAACCAGCUUAACGUGAGGGGUAAAGACGUCGAGAGCGCGACUCCGAAUCAAGGCUCCACCGUUGACGUAGCGGCCGCAAAUACCGUCGGGCGAAAUUCGACGCUUCUAAAGUGCAACAGUCUCUAUUCGAGUUCCGGUAGCGUCGACACAACCUGCAGCACGGCGACGGUUCACAGUUUCACAUUCCUGCAACCAGGUGAUCUGAUCGACGGCGUUAAAUCUCCGUCGAUCCAAAGACGACGGUUCCAUCGUUUCCGGGAUUUCCGGAAGCAUUCAUCGGCCGAGGAUUUUGGCACGCGGGAGAGAAGAUGCGCCGGAAGUCCUUGUGACGGUAACGCGGCCGUUGAUUCCCUGCGCGGGGAGAAGGAGGAGCGGGAACUCGUCGACGAGGACCUGGAAGCCGGCUCACCCGGAAGCACUCCGUACCACUAUCGCAGCCUCCCUACUUCCGGCAAGACUGCCGACCUUGCGGCGCGAAAGACGAACAAGGUUCACGUGCGGGGCAAACGCAGAGCACCAAAUCCACCGAGCGGUUGCGGUUCCGCAGUCGCAACAGUCGAGGUUCGUGGCUGUACCGCGGUUCACCAAAAGACGGGAAACACCGGAAGACGGAACAAACGUCGAGCACCGAACCCGCCGUCGGAGGCGAUCGCAAAGACAUGCGUCGAGUCGAAGAAGAGUGACUUCCACGGCGCCGAAGAGCGGCCGCAGGUGAUAAGCAACGAUACCCUGAAGCUGGAAGGGGGUCUACUUCUGCCGACGAGGUUCGACCUGAGCGAGAAACAAACCUUCGCCAUGAACCACGAGGUCUCGUUAGACAAGAAGGCGUCUCCUCUGGUACCGACGACGCCUCUGCAGGUGCAGGCGCCGAGGCCGUGGUACAAGAGGAGCAACACAACCCUGAGCGAACGUGACUGCGGAUCGUUUAGAAGAGAGGUCCUGAAGAUACCAACGCUGUCCAAGAGCCGCGGGGGGGCGGAGAAAACGGGUCGUUUCAGCCUCCAUCACGAGGCCCAGAGUUCCAACAGCGACUCCGGGGACACUGGUACCUUCGACAAGUCCUUUUCGAGGCUGAACCACUUCUUCGGAAGGACCACGGAACGCAGAGAGCAAGUUGAGUCGUCAAGGGCGCAGAAGAGAGGGGACGAAAAGCGAAGGUCGAACCUGUCCAUCCUCACUAACAUCAGCGAGUUGGACAGAGAAGCGGCCGCCAUUGUGCAGGAGGAGCAAGCCCGGAAUCAGGCUGUCCUGGCCAGGUCUUCAGGCUUGUUUCCGGACGGUUCUGGCGACUUCGAGAGGCCACCAAGCGGCGACAUAAUCUCGGAUAUGGUCUCCUCGUCCAUCGAUCAGCCCCAGAGAAAAGGCACUCGUGCACUGAUAUCGAAGUUCAAUGCUAUCAGUAACAUCACCAAGGUCACGGUGAACGCGACGUUCUUCACGAAGUCCUCGAACCAGUCGGGGAAGAUCGAUGUCGUCAGAGGUGAAUCGGUUCAGAGUGGUAACGUAAACUCCGGGAAUAGUGAUAGAAUCGUGACUAAACGACUCCUUUACGAUGGUGCCGAGCAGGUGAACGAAACCGGCGUUGAUGUAUCGUCGAUAAACUUCUUCCGGCGACUUGAGGCCGCCGAUGCUGCCCAGACCAGGGACGAUAUUCACAUUGGUUCUCAGCGCUCAGCACCCGGCUGGGAGGAAAAGAUAAAACGAUAUUUUCCUGAGAGAUCGAGCGCCGAUUUUCAGGGGCAUAAAAUCCAGGCGAGGAAAUCCGUCGCUUUAAGCAACAAGCAGAGGCUGCAAUCGACUAGAAACGAUCUACAGGGUAAACGUACCGAGCAAAAAAUUGUUACGGAAAAAUAUCUCCAACCGAACACCGUCGCCGAGCAACACUUGUCGCGUGCCGAUCUCAAGGAGAUGCUGAUAGAGAUGAAACACUCGUUGCCAAAGAGACCGAAGCCGAAAUCAGGGGCGAAAUCGGUUGCCGUUUCGAUCGGCAAUGACAAGGUGACUGCGCAGAUAAACAUCGGUGAAGCUCAGCAGCGAUCGAUGGCCGUUGGAACAUCGGGUAUCCAGGGUGAAGGACAAGCUGUUCGAGGGGUGAAAACGUUGGUGCAGGAUCAGCGAUCGCGACCGAUGUCAUCGACUUCUAAUCACACGAGAUCGUCGAUUGCAAUGGGAAAACGCGAUCAACAAGCUUCGAGUAGGGCUGGAGUAGUUCCGGAGAAGACGAAGGUCUCCUCGGGUGUUCAGACCAGUGCGAAUUUGCGAAAAGUUGGAAAUUACACAACGCGGGAAUUGAGUCCGGUGAUUAAUCGUGUCAGGAGUUCGCCGAAAUUGGAAUCCCGGAAGAUCGAGGACGCGAAUCACACGUCGAAUGGACGCAAGAGUCCGGCACGUGGUGCUGGCCUCACUCGAACCACUUUCCAGCUUAUAAGGCCCAGGGAUUUCGCCUGCAUCGAGGCCCUGAAGACCGAAAAAACUGGAGCAGCAAAGGAAUCAGGGCAAAACACGUACAUGAACGUGAUCGAAGACUCCCUUUACGCAAACACGGUCAUUAGUACGUCGAAAAACACCUCCGGCGAGCCUGCUGGUGAUGAAAAAACCGGAAGCAGGAGUGCAACUGAGGAGAAAAUAAAUAUCGUUAAAGAUAAUAAACACGAGAACGUUCAACACUAUACUGCAAGCGUCGUUACGCAGGUCAAGAUAUCCGAGGAACCAACGCGACCGGAAGUAACCUCGACGACGGUUAAGAACGAAGAAGAUGCGGAAAGACCGAUAUCAGAAACGAACAUGAAUACUCUGGCGAUAAAUCGACUGCUGAGGAAAUUGGAAGGUGCGAUUGCUUCUGGCCAGCACCAGCAGGCAGCUGGACUAGCGAAAGAACUUGCUCAGCUCAAAAUUCAUUGCUCAGUAGUCCGACAACGGUCCGAAAAGACCAAGGAAUCCGACGUCAUAAACGUGGAUAUGUACAUAGAAGAUAAAUUGGCUCAUCAGGGUCCGAUUCCGCUUCAGCUUUCGGUAAGCACGACCGUUUCUGAGCUGAAGAAGAAGGUGUUCGCGGAAUUCGAAAUACCAGUGAAUGUCCAGCGCUGGAUAAUCGGAAAGAACUUAGCCGACAACGACGACUUCACUCUGGAAGCAUUAAAGGCUGUGGACAAGUCUUCCAUUUUUUUAUACCUCGUUGCACCAGACUUGCAAAAUGACGAAUGCACACGAGUCGAAAAGAUAGUCAAUGUCAAGGAAGAGAUAACGGCACCUAUUGAAGCGACUGUUGAAGAACAGCCGCGUGAAAUAGAGCCGAUCAUAGAGGAGGAAGUGGAAAUUACACCUCAGGAACCAACGGUGGAGGAAUUGAAGUUGAAAAGAUACGAGCAUUUAAUGUCCCUCGAGAACUCUGACCUUAUACCAAAUUCAGUACCGAUCGAGUGUCCGAUUUGUUUUGCCCCAUACGGACCCUGCGAAGGAGUUAUUUUGAGGGACUGUCUCCACAUGUUUUGCAGAACCUGCAUUGCGAAUACCAUAAUGUACUGCGAAGAGGCAGAGGUAAAAUGCCCCUUUAGGGACUCGGAGUACACUUGCGAAUCGACCCUUCAGGAGCGAGAGAUAAAAGCGCUGGUCACUUCCGAAGUCUAUGAACAGCACUUGGCCAAGUCAGUAUCGCAAGCUGAAAACAGCGCGGGAAAUAACGCUUUUCAUUGUAAAACACCCGAUUGUCCCGGCUGGUGCAUUUACGAUGAUAACGUUAAUGUUUUUCUGUGUCCAGUUUGCGGAGUAAAUAAUUGCCUGACGUGUCAGGCUAUACACACGAACAAGAAUUGCCGUGAAUAUCAGGACGAGAUAAGGCUUCUCAAAGAAACUGAUCAGGAAACCAAACGGACAGCGGCUGUUCUCGAGGAAAUGGUCGAGAGUGGUGAAGCCUUGGCUUGUCCAACUUGCGCGGUUGUACUUAUGAAGAAAUGGGGAUGCGAUUGGCUUCGUUGCUCCAUGUGCAAGACUGAGAUAUGUUGGGUCACUCGAGGACCGCGUUGGGGCCCAGGGGGCAAAGGGGAUACUUCCGGCGGCUGUAAGUGCGGGGAAAACGGAGUAAAGUGUCACCCUCGUUGCAAUUAUUGCCAUUGAGAAUUGUUCUCAAUUAUUCAUAAGCAGUCCAGAAAUAUCGGACAAUUAUUUAUAUUAAAGGUGAUAAACACGCAGUGGCUUAAUUGUCGAUAUCGUAUUAGUUGGAUUUGAUUUCUACAAUAUAAUUAUAUUUUAUACAGUUUCUACCGAUAUUAUAGACAGACCUGUUAUCAUUAUUAUUAUUAUUAUUAUGUACACGUUUGACGGUUCUAGGCAAAGGGAGAUGUUUAAUUAAAGAUUUGUGAUAAAGAGAUAAACCUGAUGAGUCGUACACUUGGCGAAGUGUUACAUCCGCUGUUACAAAAUCAGUUUGUCGAGCUCUACGCA